AUGACUCCGAUCAAAGGCCCAAGGGAGCGGCAUUGGACACAAUUCGAGCUCCAAACUCUCCUCGCCCUCAUGGCAAAAGGCGUCCAUCUCGAAGGGCGGAGCAAAAGGAAAGAUGAUCCCGGCAGUGCCCGCCACGCUGCCCAGCUUAACUUUGCAACAGAGUUGAAUAAAGCCCUGCACGGCAAUGACUUCCGUCAAGACAUCUCGAAGAAGGAAAUCACGCGUAUGGUUGAGAAAAUGAUGGUUGAGCGUAAACAUGUGGUCGGAAAGGGCGGCUUGAUGGAGAGGCAAGGAACAGCUCGUCUUACGCGUUCACUGAGGAUGGCCUGGGAGACUAACCGCAAGAUGGAUUUUAAUGGCAGUAUUGGCGAGUGGAAGGACGGACGGAAGCUUGUGGAGAUCAAUAAGGAGAGGGUUGCGAAGGGUUUGCCUCCUAUGGAGGUGCUUGAGGAGGACGAGGAUGAGGACGGGGAAAAUGCUGCAGCUGAAGUUGAAGAGCAUGAGAAAGAAGUUGAGGAACAAUGGGCAAUUGCUACCACCCAGCGCAAACUUCUCCUGGCGAAGGGUCUUGUCCCCAGACGGGUUACUUCACCCUCUCCUUUUGCUCCAAACACCCAAGGAGCUGUUGGCACACAUGAUUCAUCAGCUGAGCCGCUUGCGCAAUCCGAUGACCAUGGCGAUGGAUAUAUAUCUCCUUUCCUACUAGAGCCGGCCACCUCAAACACUCAGCGCUCUAACGAACUUGGCUUCGGUAGUGCUCUUCUUGCCAACACAUCAUCCGUAUCCCCCAACGCCCUCUUAGCUCAGAGCACCCGCAUAGCUCAGAGCAAAGAUGUCCCAGCAGAAAGUCCCUACUUCAACCGCAGUAGGGUUAGUACUUUCGAAGGAUUGAGAGCUACGCACCCUGAACGUGGAUAUUCUCGGCCUGGGGAUGAGGACAUUGAUAUGGAUGUGGAAAUGGGCUCGGAGGCGGAUGCGGAUGAUGAAUGGGAGGAGGGCGAAAUCGUUUGA